ACGUCAAAAUGAAAAAAAAAACAUGAUAAUAAAGUCAAUGGUUCCCUCAAUUCAACUCUUUCUUUUAGACCAUUCUUAACGUGUAACCCUUCAAAAUCUAUGCAAAACCCAUAUCCAAAUUCACUCUCUUUCUUCAAUUUGGUGUAAAAAGUUUUGAUCUUUUUGAUCUGGGUUUUAUAACCAUGUACAGUUUAAAGAUUUCAGCUUUACUUGCAGUGUUAGCUUCACUAUUAUGUUGCUGUUUAAGUGCUUCUGUUCUUGGAGAAGAUGAUGUGAAGUGUCUUGAAGGAGUAAAAACCUCACUAAAAGACCCACAAAACAAGCUCCAAUCAUGGAAUUUUGCCAACACUUCAUCUGGUUUUCUAUGCAAUUUUGUUGGUGUUGCUUGUUGGAAUGAUCAAGAAAACAGAAUCAUUAAUCUUCAGCUAAGAGACAUGGAGUUGUCUGGAGAAUUACCUGAGUCUUUAACUUACUGUAAGAGUUUACAAAGUUUGGAUCUUUCGUUUAAUUCACUGUCUGGUAUGAUUCCUGCUCAAAUCUGUACUUGGUUGCCUUAUUUAGUCACUCUAGAUCUUUCAAAUAAUCAGCUUUCUGGUCCUAUACCAUCUGAUCUUGUUAAUUGUGCUUAUUUGAAUAACUUGGUAUUGUCAAAUAAUCGUUUGUCUGGUCCUAUACCUUAUGAAUUCUCUAGUUUAGGUAGGUUGAAGAUGUUUUCUGUUGCAAAUAAUGAUCUUACUGGUUCAAUUCCAUCGUUUUUUAGUCACCUUGACUCUGCUGAUUUUGAGGGAAAUGGUGAACUUUGUGGUGAGCCUUUAGGGUCAAAGUGUGGAGGGUUGAGUAAGAAGAAUCUUGCUAUUAUAAUUGCUGCUGGGGUAUUUGGUGCUGCUGCUUCUUUGUUGUUGGGAUUUGGGGUUUGGUGGUGGUUUCAUUUGAGGUCUUCUGGGAGAAGGAAAAAUGGUUAUGGAAUUGGUAGAGAUGAUGAUGCUAGUUGGGCUGUUAGGUUAAAGUCUCAUAAGCUUGUUCAAGUUUCUUUGUUUCAGAAGCCUCUUGUGAAGGUUAGGUUGGCUGAUUUAAUGGCAGCUACUAAUAAUUUUAGUCCCCAGAAUGUCAUUGUUUCCACGCGGACCGGUACUACUUAUAGGGCGCUUCUUCCUGAUGGGUCAGCACUCGCGAUUAAGCGUCUUAGUACUUGUAAACUUAGCGAUAAGCAUUUUCGGUCGGAGAUGAAUCAGUUAGGGCAGGUUAGACAUCCGAAUUUGACGCCUCUUUUGGGAUUUUGUGUCGUGGAGGAUGAGAAGCUUUUGGUUUAUAAGUAUAUGUCGAAUGGGACUUUGUAUGCUUUGUUACAUGGAAAUGGUAUGUUGUUGGAUUGGCCGAUGAGAUUUAGAAUUGGUGUGGGGGCUGCUCGGAGUUUAGCUUGGCUUCAUCAUGGGUGUAAACCUCCUUUUUUGCACCAGAAUAUAUGCAGUAAUGUGAUACUUGUUGAUGAAGAUUUUGAUGCUAGGAUCAUGGAUUUUGGACUGGCGAGGCUCAUGACUUCCUCGGAUUCUAACGAGAGUAGUUAUGUCAAUGGUGAUUUGGGUGAAUUCGGUUACGUAGCGCCAGAGUACUCGAGCACUAUGGUUGCUUCAUUGAAAGGAGAUGUGUAUGGAUUCGGGGUGGUGCUUCUUGAGCUUGUUACAGGGCAAAAGCCUCUCGAUAUUACAACUUCCGAAGAAGGAUUUAAGGGUAACUUGGUGGAUUGGGUGAAUCAACUCUCAGUUUCAGGUAGAAUCAAGGAUGCAAUUGACAAUAGACUUCGCGGUAAAGGAAAUGAUGAAGAAAUCUUACAAUUCUUAAAAAUUGCUUUGAACUGCGUGGGUGCUCGGCCUAAAGAUCGGUGGUCUAUGUUCCGUGUUUACCAGUCCUUAAAGAUGACCGGAAGCGAUCUUGGUUUCUCAGAGCAAGAUGAAGAAUUUCCAUUGAUUUUUGGCAUGCAAGAUAAUGAAUAAAUAAAACAAUCAAGUGUAGCUUCAUGAAUGUAUAUUGUGUGAGACUGUGAUCUAUGUUUUUUAUAUACUGUGCUGUUGAAGCCUAUUAUAUUAUCUGUA